GGUCCCUCACCACCAUCAACCACUCCGUUUCAUCUACCUGUGAAUUGGGACGGGCCUCACUUCAUCAACCUGGCUGUACUUGACGUUCGCGACGGAAAGCACGGCUUUUCAGACAGCGGCAAACAUUUCACCCGCUUCUACCGUCGCUGCAACAAAUUUGCUGAUGAACUCAAGAUUGGCAAGGGUUAUGCUGUGUUAGAAAAGGUCGCUGAAGAUCACCGCCUUCCCAAGUUUGCACCACUUUCGUACGCUCAACAUAGAUUUGCAAGUAGCGCUUUUUCACAAUGGACGGCGGUCUUCAAAGGUUAUGCAGCGUUCUGCAAAGCCUUUGACGAGAUGAACCCAGAAUGUAAAAAUUACGAAACACUACAAUAUAUUCUUAAAGGGUUUGAUCUCGUAGUGGACCUGAUAUGCUUCAUGGACAUCUUCGAGCCCCUUAAACUCACCAUGGAAGCUUGCCAAAGCCUAGCUUCAACUCCAUGGAAGACGCAUAAAUACGUCAAGCAGCUUGCUGAGUUCUUUGACUCAAUGAACUUUCGCGAGAAGGUGGGAACACCAUACGUGAGGAAACACCUACACGAAGUUGUAACAGAAAAUACCUUCCAAGGAGUCACCUUGAUUGAGGGCUACUUGGUCACUGACGAGCAUCAGGUGGAAGUGGAAGAGGACUUCAUUGCUGGAAGCAGGUCAAGAGGAACUCUCCAGCAACGUAAGAAGAAGAAAACAGUUAUAAACUGGAUGAGUCGUGAACUGAACGACUGCUUAGAGGACAAUGCCCAGCUCACCUCUGACCUAAGUAUCUCUCUGAAGAACAGACUUGUGAAAUGCUCACAUCCUGCUAUGGUUAUGUUAUCAGAGUGCCUAGACUUGAGUCAUUAGGUCACACUUCUGCAGGGUGCAAGGACAUCUCCAGGGGGACUACCAUACGAUCGUGUUUCAUACGCUCUACAUGGUGAAGAAACCUUCCGCGAGCUUGUAACACAAUUUUCCACCUUGAAGGUCGUCCGUCAAUGCUUCCAGCAGGCUGUGGAUCCCAGAAUGUCUUCUAGGCUCUUGGAUAGCCUUAAAUCUGCCGUAGCGGACUGUGUGUGGGGAGUGCACUUUGAAAGCGUCGGUAAAACGAUGUUCAAAGUCGUGUCAGGCCCUAACAGUGGAAGAUAUUUGUGCGACAUUCUUCCAAAUCAAGAUGUAGUACACUCUUUGCAGCCUAUAGACACCACAGAUUUUAGGCUGGAUAGCGAGUAUUGUUUAGAGUUAGAAACGGAGAAGUUUGAGGUGCGUUUUGUGGAAAGCAAGUUGAUCGCUAGCUUGUAUCAGCAUGCACCUCUCUAUCAUCAAGUUGGUGCACCCACCUGUGCCAUAUUUGAUUUUGCAUUGAAUUUGGGUGGGACGGAGGCAGUCGCUGAAACGUAUUUUGGCAAGAUGUGCGCUCAAAGCGAGGAUGGCGGGAUGCUGAGUGAGACGUUGGAACUAAGAACCCUAGUGGACCACUCACUCCCGAGCCCCUGCCUCUGCCCCAAUGUAGUGAAGAAAAUUUGCAGGCGUUAUUUAGACGGCGACGAAAAUCUCCCCAAGCACCGACUUCCAAUCUUCUUUGAUAAGCGUAACAGAGCAGAAAACAAAUAUGGGAAAAGUAAGGUACUCGAUCGCCUAUCUAAACAACAUAAAGGCCUUGCUUUCAUGACUUGAGACUUUUUUAUACUCAGGCGGGAUCUCGGACGCACGUCUGUGCUCGUCAGAUGUCCUAUGGGAUUUCGCGCUCUUAGGGGGAUUGUUCCUGAGCGCCCCACCGCUGAGCUCGCAGUGUCUGACUGCGGGCUUCAGUUGUUGGGUUAGCUUAUUAUGUAGGUAGGAUUCCUUACAUUUCCAUUGUCUCUCUCG